AUGCCAGGCAGAUUUCUACUCCGACGCGCGCAAUCUACCUUUCAUCUCGUCCACCAGUCCAAUGACAGUCCCAAGCUCAAAGACAAAUCAGAACUAUCUCAACCUACCAGAUCCUUGUCGGAUAGUUGUUUGGAUGGUAUACCCACGAUAGCAUGUACGACUGGACCGACAGUUCUGCGAAGCGUGAUCAAUCCCAGCUGGAAGCCCAAGAAAGAAAGAAAUGUGAAUCAUCUAAGAUGCAAUACACUCUCUGAGAGGAGGAGGUUAGUUGAAGUUGAAGAGGUGAUCCACGAGGAUUUGGAAAUUCCAUUCGAACUCGAUGAGAACCUACCCACCUGUUCUUCAUUCGCUUCACCCGCUCAUUCAUUAUUGACCACACCGACAUUUCCUGGUUCACCUACCGUCAGUGAUCCCCUCGACUUCGGAAGUUUCGACUCGGAGUGCGAUCACGAAGGAUGUAUCGAUCCAUCUUUAUGUUCAAUGUCUUAUGGGUCUUCAUUCAACCUUAACCCAGCUUCAAGCUCUCGCUCGUAUAUGAGUAAAGUCCAAUUCGCGAACUCGCCAAUAUACCAAUACCAAGAGGAAGAACAAUGUAGCUGGGCAUCAUCACCUAUCUUACCUUCGACACUCGCCUGCGGACGAAAAGGAAGUGACGACUCGACUUCUUCCCAAAAUACCGACUCAACUUCCCACUCAGAUCUGGUCAGCGACACUCAGUUUGAACGUGAUCACGAUGGUCUAUCGAAUAUACUCAGUGGAUGUGGAAGUUUGAUAGAUGAUCACUCCGAUUCAUUCUUACAAGCGACAUCAACCUCGUCACCUACUUUCUCAUUAUCUUCACCAUCUUCACCGAAUCAAGCUCAUCAGAGACAGUAUUCAUCAUGUUCUUUCUUACAUGAUCGAGCUCAACAAAUGAAGAUCAAUCAAUCCAGCUCUCGAUCGUCAAAUGGCAUAUCACCCAUCCAUUCGCCAAGGUCGGACGAAAAUACAAUAAAGAGCGUGGGGUUUAAACCUUCUCCGCCUCAACAGGUUCAAAUAUUACUCGAGCAAUCCCGAUUAUCCCUAAGUACCAGUAGCAGUAAAGGUCAGAGGAGGUUGAGUAUGAUAAGAGAAUUGGAGUAG